UGUGUGUAUGUGUGUGUGUGUAUGAGAGUGAGAGAGACAGAGGGAGAGGUGAGUGUCAUGGCCGCCGCCCGGCUUACAAUAUGAGGACGCGGGAGACCACGUAAGUCCGCCUGAGGCUGAAGUUUAUCCUGCUUGACUUUGUGUAUUUGAACAAAACGACCAACUGACUCAUAUAUCUAUGAAGUUGUACUUGAAGUGGAAAUUGACUCGAAUAAGUUUGUGUGUGUUCGCGCGAGUGAGUGAGUGUGUGUGUGUGUGUGAGGGAGGGAGGGAAGCAGAGUAACACAGACUCUCAGUAGCUAAACUCCGAGCCGCCUGCGUGUCUGCUAAUUUCCACCCAGGACCUCAAAUAACAGGAGCCUGUAAUAUUAACAUGGAAAUGGAACAGACGAACCCAAACGGCUAUAAUGAGGAUCAAGCAGGUGACAGUGACGGGGGGAACUGGCGCAGACGCCUGCGACUCAGGAAAUCCUCAGCUCACGCUGUAAACAGUUCAGUUGAACAGCAGAAGUUCGAUAAAGCUUUGACAAAGGAGUCAUCACAAACUGAACAAAAGAAUCACCAAGUAAUUGACAGCGCUAACAGCAAGCUUACAUUUACUUGCUCUGAUUGCAAGGAUGGCACAAGAUUUAGUCCAGAUGGUUUAUUAAAACACUUUAAAAACUUCCAUGGAGGAAAAGGACACCCACCGUGUUUUCCUUGCGACAUGUGCAGUUUCGUUGCUUCUGACUUUACUACACUGCGGCAGCAUUACCCGAAACACAAACACUCUAGGCUCACGUCUGAGCCGUGCAAUGACAAAGGCUUUCAAAUGCCAUUCCAGCUCACAAAGCAUUGUGAAACACACACCAAUCAGUAUCAAUGUAAAGAAUGUAUGCUCACUACAAAGGAGCUAAACCAGUUUCAUAAGUCUUGUACACACAACACUGCACCAACUAUAGACAGUAGUGAAAAGUCAAGUGCUAAGCCCACGAAUGGUGAACUGAAUAGGAGUCUCUUGGCCGAUGCUGCAGGUGAACACCAGAAAGUUACUCCAGUGAAGCAUGAGACUACUGCCUGCCAUCGAGGGUGGAGCAGAAGGAACUGGUGGAAAAACAGAGAUCAUGUGACAAAGCCAAACAAACCUCCUGCUACGGACAUCAAAUUCCCGAUUCCACAAUCAGACAUUCCACAGUGGCCGUCUGCAAAUUUUUUGCCUUUCUCAGCUGCGGGUUUGCUUGAUGAAAAUGGUGAAUUACUACAUCCAACAAGGACCUUAGAGGAGACUAAGCAGUUUCUGGAAAAGACAGUCAACUAUGGAAAAACAUGGCCAGUAACUCUAAAAGGUGAACCAGACCUCUCAUGUCCGUCUUGUCCCGGAACCUUGGAUUCUGAGCCAAAGAUGAAGCGAUGCGCCACACCACUUCCUGUACCGAACUCUGGUAAUGAACUUUCUGGCCUCAUGGAAAAGAACAAUAUCUCAGUUCCACCCGAUUGCACUACAAGGGUUGUUGGUUUCAAGAUCGUUGAUGGAAAAAAGCAUCUUGUUCUUAAAGUCAUACCUUCAACCAAGCCAGAGGUUCCUUCAGACACAGGAGAAAAACCUGCAGGAUUAAGCCAGGAAGGAAGAAAUGAUAUACAAUUGGACUCUCAUAUUGAGAGACCCAGUGAUCAAAUUUGCAGUGAAUCAGGCACUAUUACAAUUGCAGAUUCUAAUAUCAAUGGAUACGAUUCUACCUCAAAUUCAGGUCAGCCCAAAAAACAAGGACUUGGUAAAGAAGAAGACCAAGAAAUAAUAGGAAAUGCACCUCAGGUUGAUAACACUGAAAACGAAUGUAGCAAUGGCCAGUGUGUGUGCAGUGAAGGUCUUGAUCCUCCUGCACAACUCACUCUCUCAGGAAUAAAGGAUAUUAAUGUAGAAAGUCAGACAAAGAAUGAAAAAACGGCAUCUCCCGAGGUAACGUUUGAUGACACAGAUGAGCUCAGUGGAGAAAAUGUAGAUGCGAUAAGCGACAUAUGCUCUGUCAGAGAGGCAGAUAUCCAGCCAGUACAAGCAAAUGUGCAGAAGAUAAAUGACUUACCAAAACACACAGACAAUCAGGGAAGAGCAGCAAGAGAUUAUCAAGAAAUUCAUCCUGAGCCUUCUACAAGUCAAGAUCAUAUUAGGUGUGUUGAACAUCUGUCUUCCAGUACUUCAUCUGAUUUUGGAAGCAUGAAAGAAGGUAUGAACGCCCAGCUCUUAACGGUGAUGUCUGAGAAAGAUAGAAGCUCUAAAAUAUACAGCAAGAACAUGGAUAAUAUUGGAAAGUCAGGUGAAAAAGCAACUAUAAUACAGUUCCCCUUGGAUUACUGGAAUGAACAGAGAACAGAAAAAGUUUUAAACACAGAUCAAAAUGGAGCAGCCUUGCUAGAAUCGAAUAUUAUUGAUCCAACUGUAGCACCUCCUCACGGAAAUACUAUUGAGGCUCUCUUUAUUUCCCCAAGUGAAAAUGGAAACCUGUUUUUCCAGGAGAGUGGAGAUGAGCACACAAACAGGAUAGACCCUAGGCAUGCUCAUGUCCCCCUAGAUCAGAACUGUACAAUGGAAACUGUAGAUGAUCCUUCCUUAUCAUUAUCACUUGAAGACGCUUGUCAUAAUCGAGACCUGUAUCAGACACUUGAAGAGCUUCCUGUUACUACAGUUAACCAUUUGCUUGAUGAUUCUGAAGUUACAUACAGAGGUAUGACCACUCGGUCUGAACCAAGGAGCCAGCAAGCGGGCAUUCACUCACCCAAAACCAUAAACGUAGCAGUGAGUAAUAGAAUUGCCUCUCCUCAACUACCACUUUUAAAUGAACCUACUCUCAGCAGGAAGAGACAGCGAGAAUCAAAAAAAUACACAAAAGACUCACAUGGGCGAAUUUUAAAAUCGAAAAGACGGCGUGUUGGAAAUUCCCAAGAAAAGGAGUCAUUAGGAUCUGUCCGCUACUGGGAACCGCAUGAUCCAGAAAUAGAAAGGACUCUUCGACUCUUUCCCAUUUGCUCCUCACAGCCAGUAAAAGUCCCACGUUUGAACCAGCCUGUUGUAGUCCUCAAUCACCCAGACACGGAUAUUCCCGAAGUGGCAAACAUUAUGAGAUCAGUUCACAGACACAAAGGAGCCGUGCAAAGGGUCGUUCUUUCUCAGGGAACUCUAAAAGCCCUUUCCGAGUUUAGCUGUAACACAUUCCGUAAGAGAUGUGCAGACAACCUGAAAAUGUCUCAUUGUAGAAGAGUGUGGCCUCAAGGGACGGUUAAAGAAAGGUUCAUCCUCAAUCUGAAGCUGAAGAGAUUGUGUGGCAGUAAGUUUAGGGUAGCAAAUGUAAACUCUAACACGACCGAGCUUCACUCAAGCUUCAGGUGCUGGUUUUGUGGUCGCCGCUUUAGGAACCAGGAGGUGUGGGUAGGUCAUGGUCAGAGGCAUAUUAUGGAGGCUACACGAGACUGGAACAAAUUAUUCACCAGUGAAUGGCAGGGUAAUGACACAGACCAGCAAUCCGUCUUCUGAGCUUUUGUGAUUUAUAAGAAUUGUUCGUGCAGACCAUUAGUUUCAUGCAUUGAAUGUUCUGCAUGAUUUUGAUUGGGCUGGAACAAGUUUUCUAUAUGCACAGCUCAGGAAAUGUGUAUUUCUGAAGCUUUAUCAGCAUGCCACUUUUAUUAGUAGUAAUAUUAGUUUGAUAAACCAUCUCAGGGACGGUAAGCCAACGGAACUGGAAUUAUUUAUUUGUUCUUUUUACCCUAGUGUCAGUGUAUGUUAUUAUAAAAGCAAUAUGCAUUAUUUAUAUAAGGAUUUGAAAAGCAUUUCUUUAUAAUGAAGACUGACCAAAAUGAAACAGCAUUGCUGUACAAUUUAUUUAAAUGAUCUGGAAACAGCACUAUCUGUUGUAUGACUUUAUUUAU